GACAGUAUUGCAUUAUUGGUUUCUCUUCUAAAACUAGUGACUUCAUCAGUUCCUUCCAUGGAAUUCGCGUCUUCAUCAUCCAACCUCCAACGGAAGUACGAUGUGCUCAUCCACUUCGAUGGAGAAGAUAUCCGCAGAAAAUUUGUUUCUCAUCUCGAUUUCACCCUCUCUGCUGUUGGACUCACCACUUUCCUUCAUCAGGAGAAUGCAGUGAAGGGAAUGAAGAUCCAAGAACCUAUUCUCGACUUCUGUCGUGUAGCAAUUGUUGUUUUCACCAAAACCUAUUCUGAAUCUGCUUGGUGUCUUCAUCAACUUCAACAAAUCAUUCAAUGGCAUGAAACUUAUUCCAGACAUGUUCUGCCGGUAUAUUACGAAAUUCAGCCAUCUGAUGUUCGUCUUCAGAAAGGUCAUUUUGGUAAAGCCUUCAAAGCAACUGCACACCAAACAUUCUCAGGACAAGAACUGGAACAUGGCAUGUGCAGGUGGAGCCGCGCACUCACCAAAGUUGCAAAUUUCUUUGGAUGGGAUGAUAGCAAUUACAGGAGUGAUGCUGAACUAGUGGACAGAAUUGUUAAGAGCGUUCUUAAUUUACCAAUCUUGUCUGCUACUGAAUUUCCAGUUGGACUAGAGUCCCAGGUGAAAGAUGUGAUUCGAACCAUCAAAAGUAAUCCCAGGAAAGUUUGUAUCAUAGGGAUAUGGGGAAUGAGAGGAUCGGGCAAAACUACUCUUGCAAAAGCCAUUUAUAAUCAAAUUCAUGGUACAUUCACGGAGAAAAGCUUCAUCGAGAAUAUUUCAGAUUUUAGUCAAAGAAGGCAUCUUAAUUUACAAAAACGACUUCUUUCAGAUAUCCUGAAAACAAAGAUAAAUAUACAUAGCGUUGAGAUGGGAAGAAGUAUGAUUCGAGAAAGACUUUAUGGGAAAAGAGUGCUCAUUGUACUUGACGAUAUGAUCGAUGAGCAUUAUCCAUUAUUAGACUUAAGGAUAUGUCGUGCAUCGCUCGGUGGAGGAUCUGUAAUAAUCCUUACAACAAGAUAUAAAGACAUACUGAGGAAACAUGGAGUUGAUGCUGUUUUUGGGAAGAAUCUAUUGAACUCAAACGAGUCCCUUGAGCUUUUUAGUUGGCACGCAUUUAGAGAAGCAAAACCAAAAGAAGAAUACCAUUUCCUUGCAAAAAGUGUAGUUGCUUAUUGUGAAGGAAAUCCUCUCUCUCUUGAAGUCAUUGGAAGUUAUUUAUAUGAAAGGACGAAAAUAGAAUGGCAUAGAGUAUUGUUAAAAUUAAUCGAAGUUCCCCAGUUUGAAAUUCUACCGAUUUUGAAAAUAAGCUUCGAUGGUUUACGUGAUCAAACGGAAAAAGAUUUAUUCCUUGAUAUAUGUUGUUUCUUUGUUGGUAAAGGCAGAGCUUAUGUAACGAAGAUCCUAAAUGGCUGUGGAAUAGACGCUGAUUGUGGAAUAAGAGUUCUCUUAGAGCGUAGCCUCAUAAAAGUGAAAAGAAACAAUAAAUUUGGAAUUCAUCCUUUGGUACGAGAUAUGGGAAGAGAAAUUAUUGAUGAUAUUUCAAGAAAGGAACCUAGGAAGAACAGAUGGUUGUGGCUUGAUGAUGAUAUGAAACAUGCACCGUCAAAGUAUACCACUGGAUAUUCUAAGUACCUCUCUAAGAAACUGAGAUGUAUCAGUUUGCAAUGCUUUUCUUCAGAAUACCUAUGUAACGACUUUUAUCUGCAUGAUGCAAUAGUGGUUGAUUUAAAACGCAGUCUUCUUGGAAUCAUCUGGAAACAACCCCAGGUUUUGGCGUUUCUAAAAGUCCUUAAUCUUAGUCACUCUAAGUACUUGAGAAAAACCCCUGACUUUUCCGGACUACAAAAUCUUGAACAUCUCAUUCUCAAAGAUUGCCCAAGAUUGCGUGAAGUGCACCGGUCUAUUGGAUGUCUAUGUAAUCUUACACUGCUAAAUUUGAAGGACUGUACAAGUUUAAGCAAUCUCCCCAGAGAGAUAUAUAUGUUGAAAUCUUUAAAAACUCUCAUUCUUUCUGGUUGUUCCAAGAUUAACUUGUUGGAAAAAGAUAUAGUGCAAAUGGAAUCCUUGAUAACUCUAAUCGCGGAAAAUACAGUUGUGAAACAAGUUCCUUUUUCAAUUGUAAGCUCAAAAGGAAUUGGAUAUAUAUCCCUACGAGGAUUUGAGGGAUUAUCACAUAAUCUUUUUCCUUUUAUCAUUCAGUCUUGGAUGUCACCGUCAAUGAAUUCCCUAUCUUAUAAUCCUUCGUUUUGCAUGGAUGUGGAAGUUAAAAGUUGGGAUGACAUUACACCAUUGCUUAGCAGCCUUGGAAAUCUUCGAAGUGUUUUGGUGCAAUGUGACACCGAGUUUCAACUAUCUAAGCAAGUGAAAACUAUUCUGGUUGAAUAUCGUGGGAAUAUUACAGAAAUAGGAACUUCAAAGCCACACUUCAGAUAUUGUUUGAUUGGUGUUGGAAGCUGCAAAGAAUUCUUUAAUGCUUUCAGCGAUGGCACUUCUGAGGGACUUGCAAGCAGUGAGUCUUGUGAUGUUUUUCUGCCAGGUGGCAAUGAUCCUUAUUGGCUGGUCCAUAUGGGUGAGGGACAUUCUGUUUCUUUCACUUUGCCUAAAGAUCACGUCUUGAAGGGAAUGGCACUGUGUGCCAUUUAUUCACCAAACCCUGAAAUUUUGACAACUGAGUGUCUUAGAAGUGUCUUAAUUGUUAAUUAUACAAAGUGUACAUUGCAGAUACAUUAUCAUGGCACGAUAAUUUCCUUUAAUGAUAUAGACUGGCAAGGUAUAAUAUCAAAUUUAGGAUCAGGAGACAGAGUAGAGAUUUUUGUGAUUUUUUGUGAUGGAUUGGUAGUCAAGAGAACAGUAGUCUAUCUGAUAUGUGGUGAAUCAAAUGACUUAGAAAAGGAGCCUGGUUAGAUUUAUACAGAAAUUUGUAAUGUGAGUUCUGGUAAGUCAUUAUCUUCUUUGAGAACAGAAAGAUCCCUUUAUCAUGAUGUUCUUGAUUGCAAUUUAUUUUUUCUCAUCCAUUUCUUGUU